CUGUCACAGUCAGUCACAUGUUGCAUCGGCAUCGGGCAUCGUGCGGUUCGGUUAACCUUCGCUUCGAAAUUGACAGGAAUCGGUCCACCCUUCAAAGCUCUGACGAUUUAAGUGGUGCGUGUGUACACUAACUCAUCCAGUCACCUUCAAGAGAUGGCGACCUCAAUUCAGCUCCCAUCAGACGCAGUCCCUUUCAACAUCUUUGCCUUAACAUCAAUGCAUGCAAAUGAUAGAUACCGUGGCGCUGUUGUAGAGGACCUGCAACUUCCCCCUGCAUUCUGUUUACCCUCUUCCGAAUCUGUAUCUCGCGCAAUGGAGUCAGCAUAUGAUCGUGACUUCUCCCAUAUACCCGUCCUCAACCGUGAUCGUCGUCCGCUCGGGUACGUAGACGUAGCUGCUCUGAAAGAGAAAUGGGAAGCAGGCACAGCAUCGCCAAGCGACUCCAUCAGUAAAUACAUGAUCAAGUUCAAUCGUAGUGCAUCUCAGCAUUACAGUCUCAUAACGCCCUUGACUCCCCUCGCGGAACUGGCAGAUUUUUUGCAGGACAAUAUCUUUGCGUUAGUUACAGACCAGAGCAGGAAUUUUGUGCUUGCUGUGGCUACAUCGCAAGAUCUAAACAAUUUCGUGACGCGUAGGGGUCAUUGAUUUGAUAACUGAUGGACCAUUUAUCAUCUUAAUUAUUAACUGUCAGCCAUGUGGUUUUACAUCUAUCAAGUGCAACAUGUUUCAAUGUGGGCUGCGUUGGUGUACCAUAUCUUGGUUGCGAAGUUUAGAGGAGGUACAUGUAUGGUAAUGAUGUCAUCUUUGCGACGGUAUGAUGCUGAUUGUAGAGGUUUGUAAUGACAACUAUGAUAUAUCGGAUAUGGUGUAAUGGUUAACAUUACCGCCUCUCAAGCUUAGGAUUCGCGGUAGCUCGGGGUUCGAUUCCCCGUAUCCGAAUUUUCUUUUUGUCAUUCGUAGCGGUAUUUACAGCGGAGUUGUCAUACG